UAAGGUUAAAGUCAAGAUCUCCCUUCUCCCUGCCCUCCCCCCUAUAAAUACCACCCCCAUCCAUCUCCCCAACUCACUCAUUCACAAUCUCAACUAUUACCAUCUUACAUUACCCACAAACACAAAAGCAAUCAAACAUGGCCAACAUCAUCCACAACAUCCAGGAGAAGCUCGGCAUGGGAGGUGACCACAAGGAAGAAGAGCACAAAAAGACCGAGCACAAAGAGGGAGGAAGCAUCAUCGACAAGGUCAAGGACAAGAUCAGCGGCGGCAGCAGCGAGGACAAGAAGAAAGACGGGGAGCAUUAUGAUGAGAAGAAGAGCCAUGACAAGAAAGAUAGCAAGGACAAGAAAGAUGGCAAGGACAAGAAGGACAAGAAGAAGAAGAAGAAGGAUGGGGAUGAGAAGAAACAUGGGAGUGAUAGCAGCAGCGACAGUGACAGCGAUUAAUUUACUAAUCUUGUCUUAUCAAUAAUCUCCCCUUGUUUAGGCCUGAUUAAUUUUCUUAGUAUCUGCCUACUUUAUCUAUCUAUGGCUCUGUGUGUGUAAUAAACAAGGAUUCUCCGGGGAGAUUGUUCA